AUGGGCCGCUUCUACGCCGCAUCUGCUGCGAUUGCAGCCCUUAUUUCAGCGUCUUUUGUAUCUGCAGAAAUACCAACAUGCGGUCCCAACAAGCUCUGUCCGGCGGAAACACCCUGCUGCUCCGCAUACGGACAAUGCGGUGUAGGCGCCUACUGCCUCGGCGGCUGUGACCCCCUCUUCUCCCACUCGCUCGAGUCCUGCGUCCCGAAUCCCAUCUGCAAGAGCCAGGACUACAAUCUUAACUCCCUCGACGACAUCGCGCCCAAUACCCGAUACCUCGGCGACUCGAGCAAGGCGAAGUGGGUGUCCAGCGGGCAGCCGGUAGCAUACCAGAAUGAGGCCGUCCUCCUGACCAUGGCGCCCGACACCGUCGGCACGCUGCUCGCAACAACAAACUACGUCUGGUACGGCAAGAUAUCGGCGACGAUGACAACAAGUCAAGGCAAAGGCGUCGUAACCGCAUUCAUCAUGAUGAGCGAUGUAAAAGACGAGAUCGACUUCGAGUUUGUCGGCAUCGAUGUCGAGAACGCACAGUCGAACUACUAUAGCCAAGGCGUGACGAACUACAACAAUGGCCGCAACCUCUCCACCUCCAACACCGUAACCAACACCCACACCUACACGAUCGACUGGACCCCCGAGAAGAUCGACUGGCAAAUUGACGGCAAGACGCUCCGCACAGUAGAGCGCCAGUCCACCUGGAACGCCACCGCGAACCGCUACGACUACCCGCAAACCCCCGCACGGGUGAUGCUGUCCCUCUGGCCCGCGGGCCUUGCCUCUAACGCGCCCGGCACCAUCAACUGGGCUGGCGGGCUCGUCGACUGGGACUCCCCCUACAUGCAGAACGGAUACUACUACGCGCUGGUCUCUGAUGUGAAGGUCGAGUGCUAUGACCCGCCUCGCGGCGCGAAUGUACAGGGGAGCAAGAGCUAUAAGUACACGGAUAAGGCGGGCACGAACGACACGGUUGUCGUGAGCGAUGAUGUUGAGAUCCUGGCGUCGCUGUUCGCGACGGGAGAAGAUCCGAAGAAGGAUCCCAACGCUGCUGCCUCCAAGUCUUCUACCGCUGCGAGCACGAAGACCGGCUCCGCUGCCGCCGAAAGCACAUCCGCAGAGGUAGAGACCGUCCCGGGUCUCUCGGGCGCGGGGGCCAGAGGCGAGGAGGGUGGGCCUGCGGCUGUGGUAUCUCAGGCGCCCGGGUCGAGUGUUACGCAGCCCGCGGCGGGGAGUCUGCAGACGGCGGGCGGAAGCGUGGGGACGGGGUUCAGUCAGGGGGAUACGCAGGGGCAGAGUGGGGCCGCUGGGAAGGAUAGGAGGGUUGUAGGAGGGAGUGGGAUUGCGUUUGUGGGGGCGCUGGUGGGGUUGCUUGUUUUGUAG